CUGUCACCCGCUACUACUGCAAAUGUAGCAGCCGCCAGCUUUGGCUUCUUCUCCUCCACUCACCUCUCUCAGCUUGCUCUCUUCUCGACUCUACCAACUCUUCUUCCCGACAUCCUCGAGCAACCGAGACCUAUACCCGCCAACGACCAGCCCAAGGUCGUCUCUCACGAACUCCUCGAACCCCCCGCUUCGAUGUCGACUGCCGCACCAUUGCCCUUCUACAGCCUCCCCAUCUCUCCUGCACAUCCCGCGUCGUGCAGACAGAGCUACUCUCAGCAACCCUACAACGUCGCCCGCGUGCAAAAGGACUCCAGGUUCGAUCUCGGGGCUGGAGCUGCUCUCCGCCGGAGCGGGCUUAACACGCCGCCAACCGAAGCCAUGAGUGCUACCUACCACGCCCCUCACCUCGUCGCCUACGACAGCCAUGUUCUCCCCUCAUACACAUCGGCCGCCGCCCAAGCAAGGGGCCCCAAGGCUGUCGUGGCCGAGGCUGCGAGAGCUCCCCAAUACCCUCGAUACACCCAACCGACAAAUACCUACCCUCAAGCACAACCGGUAGCGAACCCUGCCUCCGGUGCUAGCCAAUUCUCUACGACUUCGAAGCACUCGACUCGCCCGUCAACACCAACUUCAGGCGCCAUCAACAAGACGGAUGGUACCUCUUCCAGGAGAGGUUCCUCGGCUCUGGUCCUGCACAGUCUGCAAAUACCCAGCUGCAUCAACCCCAAGGGCGGCAAUUUGGCAGACUUUGCGGCGCAGAUAACCUGCCUCUUCUGGUUCGAGUCUAUCGACACCCUGCGAGCUGCCGAGAAUAUCCGAUCACGACCCCCGACUGCCACUGUCCCACGCUUGACAGAGUACGCGGCUCCGUUCCCCCAAUUCAAGAAAUGGGCCUACAGCGUCCUCUCGACGACACAAGUCACGCAAAACGUCAUCCUCCUCGCCCUCCUUUUCGUCUACAGAUUGAAGACAACGAAUCCUGCGGUGAAGGGCCGCUCCGGCAGUGAAUACCGUCUUCUGACGGUUGCGCUCAUGCUGGGCAACAAGUUUUUGGAUGACAACACGUACACGAAUAAGACUUGGGCCGAGGUUUCGGGUAUUUCUGUGCAAGAAAUUCACGUUAUGGAAGUCGAAUUUCUCAGCAACAUGCGAUACAGCCUGCUGGCAACCAAGGAGGAGUGGGAGGAAUGGCUGGUUAAGCUCUCAUGCUUCUCAGAGUAUUACGAGAGGGCCUUGAAGCAACCCACCUCGCCCCUCAGCAAGUCCUUCACCUCUCCGGUGCCGUCGCCCACUGCGGCAGCUCAGGCAGCAGUCUCAUUCCCUCCCCUCACCCCGUCCGCUACCGCCAUCUUUUCGCCUAGCACGACUAUCCAGCCGAGCACCCAGGCGUGGCCCUCGGCCUACAACCCACCACUCUCGCCUCUCUCAGGCAAGCAUGUUGGAAUGAACGGAAGGAAGAGAAGCUCAGAUGAGGACAUCGAGCCCGCUGCGAAACGUUUAUCGAGACAGCCAACCGCCAUGGCUCCCAUCGUCCGACCCCCGGUAGUGGGCGAGCAGCCGAUUCGUCUCCCGGUUCCGAACCUGACGCUCAAUACCAACCCUGCUCCUCAGCAGAUGGCCUACGCCCCGACGAAGAACUACAACACGGGACCUCACGUAUCUCUGCCGCCCUUGGGAACAGGUGUUCGCGCCAUGUCGACUGUGUACCCCCCUCCCACGGCUGUGACCUCGAUGCCGCAACUCCCCAUGUCGGCAGCCGUCUCCAUGCCGCAGCCGUCUCUUACGCCAGCGACUGUCCCGAUGCACCCGGCUAUUGGGUACGGCACGCCGACCAAGAGACACAGCCCUGGCAGCCUCUCCGUCUACGCCUCCUCGCCUCUCGGCGAGCAGUUCCCUGCAUCGGUCAUUCACACUCCUAUCGCGCACACGCCCAUUUCGCACUCGCCUAGUGUGUACCUGCAGCAGAGGCCGAGCCCGUACAAGCCGAUUCGCCACGUCAACACCCUCCUCUACCCACCACCGUCAGCUUCUCUCAACGAGUACCACCUGCCUACAACGCAGAUGCACUACCAACCUCUCGGCAGGCGGAACGACUUGCGAACUGGAGUUGUCCCCGAAUUCAUGAACGCUCCCUACAGGAUGAACCAGAUGUCGCAGAUGCCCCACGGCCUUCCUCAGGGACCGUACCCGAACUAG